UCAUUUCAUCCAUUCUCGCCACAGAAAAUAUUAAAGAAGCCAGCUGCUACUUCACGAUGUGAAAAAGAAAUAUCUGGUUCUGAUUAUACUAUGGAGUAUUUGGCUGAUCUUCUUAAAGAAAAAAAGCAGUUGGGCGUUUUCCCACAGGUUUUUCGCCAUAUUGAACGCUUGGUUGAGGAAGAAAUUGGUCGUGUUCGAAUGGCACUUUUUCAGUGUCAUUUUGCGAUUGAACAUCGCGAUUUGCCUGAGCCAGAAGGAGAACCAAUAACGAUACAAGAGAAAGUUUAUGUCCCACGAAAAGACCAUCCUGACUAUAAUUUUGUUGGGCGCAUACUUGGUCCACGAGGUAUGACUGCUAAACAACUUGAACGUGAGACAGGUUGUAAAAUUAUGGUCAGAGGUCGUGGCUCAAUGCGUGACCGUAAAAGGGAAGAAUUGAAUAGAGGAAAACCAAAUUGGGAACAUCUGGAAGAUGAAUUGCAUGUUUUAAUACAAUGCGACGAUACUCCAAAUCGUGCCUAUAUCAAAUUACAAUCUGCUGUCGACCAAAUCAAAAAACUUCUAAUUCCUGCACCGGAAGGAACUGAUGAGCUAAAACGCAAACAACUGAUUGAACUGGCUUUAAUCAAUGGAACUUACAGACCAAUUAACAAAUAUUCUAUGCAAACUCCUCGAUUGCUCACUCCAAUGACCCUUGUUUCACCAAUACGCCAUCCGAACGGUUCAAUAACAGCACCAAUAUUCGUUUCGCCAACGGGUAGUCCGAUAACUCCUGGUGCUAAUGCGUCAUCAACAGUUAGCACAUUUAUGCAAUCACCUAAUCUUGAUUACAACUUAUUUAUGAAGUUAGUAAAUAUAAAAUUUUAA